CAUUUAUAAGAUCCUUAAAUUACGAACAUUUUUCCUAUCAAAGAAUGCAUUUGGUUUGGUUUGUUUGACACUUUGACGUUUAGUUGAUAUAUACUUUAUGUAAAUUCCCAACAACUUGUUCGGGAAGAACAACUAAAAAAACAAAACACAAUAGUAACCCAAAAAUAAAUCUAUAUCAUACACAAAAAUGGCCGCAAAACGCAACCGGGAUGCGGAUAUCGUCAAACAUAAAAUGGACCUUAGGGCCCGUUUUAAAAAGUUAGUUAGGGCGGUGAUUAUGAAUCAAUCGUGGCUCUCCGAUGAGGAGGAACAGGGAAUCUCUAUGAACGUCAAGAGAAACGUCGCCUUAAUGCGCCAAAAACGUAAGCCAGGAAUGCUAACCUUAGCGGACAAAGCACUUUUACGUUCCAAUCCAGCUUUUAGGACAAUUGAGGAACGCAAAAAGAUUUGCUUGCUUAUAGCUGGUUUAAAUUGUUUUUCCAGAAUUCCACCGAAAAUUCGAGCUCGCAUGGUGCCGGUCCUCAAGUUUAUGUCGAUAAAUGAAUCCCGAACGCUUAUCAAAAAGGGCAACAUGCCUUUCGCGGUCUAUUUCAUCCUAAACGGCGAGGUCGAAAUGCAGAAGACUGUUUACAAUAAGACUACAAAACAAGAGGACACAGUGCCGGAGGCAAUUUUCGGUCCAGGAGAUUGUUUUGGAGACGUAGAAAUGGUUGAGGAUUGCCCAAGGAUGAAUACGUAUUUAGCGAUGUGUAAGAACCUCAAAAAAAAAUUGACAACAGGGAGCCUAAUUUGUAUUUUAGCUAGUUGCGAGGUUUUAUCGAUUUACGACGUGGACUAUGAACGCAUUUUAAAACCAUGUCAUUUGAAAAUAUGGAAUGAAAAGAAGGUCGCACUCAGUGCAUUUGAUUAUUUUAAUUUUCUGACCCCUGAACAGAUAAUUCUCGCUUGCAAGUACGCUCACUUGGUUCAAUACGAACCACUGGAGACCAUUUAUUUGGGGGAUAAGGGCUCUUUGGGUUUUGUGCGGUUUGUUCUUAGCGGAGAGUGCGUCAUUUUGCAGUGCUUAAGUAUGAAUGUAACCCACGACGACGGAAAAAUAAACUACGUGCUGACCGAAAUUGACAAGGAUAAGGACGGACUUCAAAUGUUUCAAUCACUGAAGGAGAUCAGCAUUCCAGCUUCUUUUAUAGACAUACAGGACAUUUUGGCCUCAUCCUCAACAUCUGACGAUGGCGAAGGUACCACAAAAAAGAAACAAACGUUACGCAAAAUGGGACUUAAAGAAAUUCAAAAGUUUUGUGGAAUUCGUUCAUCUGGGACACCGAUUCGUCGAAAGAUGAAGCCAAGAAAAACUAUGAAUACGCAGGCGGCACAGGUCCGAAAAACUAUGAUGAUACAAGCACUGCGAAGAAAAACACCUUGGAUGCCAAACGUACUGGAUUUCUAUAUGGACGACGAUAGUCUUGAUGAUGAAGAUGAUUUGGACGAUUAUGAUGAGGAUGGUCUCUACGAGUACAGUACAACGGAGACCUCAGACGAAUCGGACGAUGUCUCGUUGAACAGAACAAUGGUACAAGUGCAGCUGAAACGGCACAGCGCUGAAAGUCCCAAAGAAGAAGCCGAAGAAGUCGAGAAAAAAGAGUCCAGUUCUUCAUCAGAAAUAUUUACGGCUAGUUCGUAUACUAGUGAAAGAAAGAGUAGUUUCGACAAUCCAUCCGUUGGCCACGUCGAUCCUAUCGAAACCCACUUUAUAGACGUUGGCUCAUUGACUUUUGGCAGUGUCUUCGGUUUGGGCGAAAAGAUGGAACACCGUGUUAUAAUGGCACGCACUGUUGUUCAAUGCCUGCUUAUUCCUCGCUUUUGGCUACUUGAAGAGGAACAAAAUCCGGGAAAUAUAUGGCACCGACGCCGGUUCUACUUUGAGUGUAACGUGCCCUCACGUGAGGACCUGUUUACCAACUUUUUAAAGACCCGGCAGUGGAACAAAUUCCGACACGACUACAUCCAAAGCCUUCUCAAUCUAGAGGAGAAGGGUAAUAUCACUAAGGAGGAGGAUAUACCCAUUAUGUGCCGCAUCGUUGAGACCAGCGAUGAUGCUAGUUAAUUUAGAAAUGUUUACGAGAUGUUUAAUUACCAAAAUUUGCUGUCUUCCAAUAAAGUUUGAUUUAAAAAAAGA